AUCUGCCUUCGCAGCGACUUGACGAUGCAGGUAGCACUGUUGUUUUCUCUCUUUUGCGCAGCCGUCGCUACAAAUGAGAGUGGCGCCUUAGCGGAGAAAAAGAAGCCUCUUUGGGCGAAUGAAACAUUGCUUGGAAGCUAUCAAGAUGCCUGGAAAAGCAUUGGACAAGCAGAGAACGUGACGUAUGUACUCGCCAAGGCAACAUACGAAAAUGACACAGGAUCCUGGGGUCAGCAAUUCAAGUGCCUGAGUGUGAAAGAAACAAACAAGAAUGAACAAGCUCACACAGUCCUGUCUGUUUUCACGUUCAAAAAUGCGUCUAGCGGGAGUGGAUAUUACACUGUUAACGAAACAGUGGAGGCCACAUACACCCAUGGCUACAACCAGACAAGGAACGCAAUUCAUUACAAAGUUGAAAAACCAGAAAACUUAACAGACACACUCAUCUUUUCUGAUGGAAAAACGUGCGACGUGUUCUACGUGCCUUACCAAAACGAUGGGUGUGAGCUCUGGGUCGAAAAAAGUCACGCGAGCCAGAUCCCGGACUGCUGCUUGUUCGUGUUCAAUGUGUUCUGUGCGAACGGAAAGACAAUUUACGAUAAAUACAAUGCAACAGAAUGCGCUCCUCAGGGAAGCUCGUGAUUUGUCUCACCGACACUUUUAAAAAGCUCACUUUCUGUAGCACGCUAUAUGAACUUAGGUUUAAUAAAAGCGUAUUAGAUUGCAGUUGCA